AUGAAAACUUGUAAAGGAAAACCAAUAUUUGAAUAUCAAGGUUAUCUUUAUAUUGUAAGUAAAGAAUCAGGUGACAAGGUGAUAUGGUGUUGCCAUAAUUAUCGUCACGGUCAAUGUCGCGGCCGACUUCAUACAAUUCAUAAUCAGGUUACUCAAACAGUUGGUGUUCAUAAUCAUGAACCAAAUCAUUCAACUGGACAAGUAGCAACAGCAUGA